CGCCCAAUCAAAAGAUUCUAUCAGAGCUCCAUCCCGGGGCGGAUGAAUCAAGGAGCCGACAAGAGCUUUAUCGAUAGCGCUAGUGCCAAGACGAGGCCAACUGACACGCUUGCCUGCCAGACGCCUGCACCUUCCAAUUGGUAAUUGGGUGAGUGGCACCUGCGACGUGCUUUCCCUUUGCCUCUGGUCGCAAAAAUAUCCAUUUCAGCCUCCCCUCCAGCGGCCGCCAAAUCCUCCCCCGUUCAACCCACUUGCACCCUCGAUAAUUACGAUUCCAACGGCGUCCUUGCUUUGCACACAAGCAAGCGAAAUUCGAGAUUUGGCUGCCUCAAAGACUUGCUUACUUGCAGGAAACUUUGACCGAGUCUCGGCUUUUGAAAGGAGAAAGACGGCGCGAUGGAUUACGAGCCCAUGCUGCUGGACGGCGAGUCUGGGGGACCGUCGAUCAAGAUCUCGGGGGCCGACAACAUCCACGUCAACUUCGACCUCUCCAACUGCGACCUCUCCUUCGCCAACUCGCUGCGUCGCGUUAUCCAGGCCGAGGUCCCUGUGAUCGCCAUCGACCUGGUCGAAAUCGAAGCCAACACGUCUGUCCUCGCUGACGAAUUCAUCGCCCACCGUCUGGGGUUGAUUCCUCUCCAAUCCAAGGACGUCAACAGCCUUCUCUACACCCGAGACUGCGACUGUGAGCAAUACUGCGACAACUGUAGCGUGAAGCUUACCUUGCAUGCGCGUUGCUCAUCGGACGAGACCAUGAAGGUAUAUGCAAGCGAUCUCAUCGUCGACAGUUUCAGACAGAACGGCACCGUAGGAAACCCGGUCAUUCUCGACCCGGAAGGACAGGGCUCUUUGAUCUGCAAACUGCGUAAGGGGCAGGAGCUCAAGAUCUCAUGUAUCGCCAAGAAGGGAAUCGCUAAGGAACACGCAAAAUGGAUGCCAACGUCCGCCGUGGGCUUCGAGUACGACCCUCAUAACAAGCUGCACCAUCUGGACAUGUGGUAUGAGGAGGAUCCCAAGGCCGAGUGGCCCGAUAGCAAGUACGCGAAGAUGGAGGACCCCCCUCAGGAAGGGGAGCCGUUCGACUACGACGCGGUACCUAGCAAAUUCUAUUUCGAGGUGGAGAGCGUGGGCAGCCUCGAGCCCGAUCAGAUUAUCCAGGAGGGAAUCAAGAUUCUCCAGGAAAAGCUGGCCUUGACGCUCCACAUCCUCACCGGCGAGGCGGACGACGACGGCAUGGGUGACUUUGACGGUCCUCGUAGUCCUAACCUGGAUAUGGACGGCGGCAACCCCUGGCAAGACCAGGGCUACACCACGCCCUUCAACGGCGGUGGGCAGAGCUCGUGGGGUGGCAAUGCGACAACGCCGUACGCCACCACUACACCCUACGGUGCAUCUGGACAGUCUGGCUGGAACUGAGAGAGGACGACGAAAUCAAUAAAGCACAAAAUGGCGUUUAUGUACGAGACCAAGUCAAGAAUGGGGUGGCAACUGGAGUUUGCGAGUUUUUCUGCGAAAUAGCCGACUUGAAUAACAGUUGGUCAAGUCAAUCCGGCAAGAAAGUAUCUUGGGUUUGCUGUAUCAAAUAUCGACCGGAUCAGGUACGCAAGCACAUGAGGUAAGGCAGGGAAGGAGUCUUCCUGAUGCCUGAUCCAGUAUUUCCGGCGUCAUUUAGGUCUGAGCCGAGACUGGCUCAUAAACGCCCGCUAGGGGCAUGACACCAGGAAAGAACCUCAAAAAGGAGAAGUGGUCAGGGGCCGAAGGAGAAGGGAGGGACAAACAGCGCGGCAUACGGGUCGACGGUCCAGAUACCUUUUAAUACAAAAAUCACGCAUAUCAAAACGGUUCAAAGGAAGAAAACACAAAC